GCUAACCGUAGCAAUUCCCUUCCUGUUAUGGGAGGUGCUAUGACCAAGGUUCUGCCUGGUCUCUAUGUUGGUAGCUUGGACAACGCGAAGAAUGAAGAGGAGUUGAUAGCAAAUGGAAUUUCCCACAUAGCGCUUGUGCAAAAUGCAAAAUCGGAGAUUGAGAAGUCUCCAAGCGUGCAAUAUCUACACGUUAUCAUCUCUGAACACGAUGAUUACAGUCUCUUCCGAUGUGUUUCCGACGUCAACGACUUCAUCCAUUCAACCCGUUCGAAUGCUGGAAACGUGCUUGUUUGUAGCGACUCUGGCAUGUCUGCCAAUGUGGCCGUCGUGGCAGUGUACCUCAUGUCAGUUUAUCGUUUGGAUCGAAUCUCUGCCCUGAGAGCGAUACAAGGCCUGAAACAUGGUGCACAUCCCGUCGCUCCUCUCCAAGCACAAUUGGACCAGUUCGAUUCUAAUAUGGUGCCAGGCUCAAGUUCAACACCAUCCCCCACAUCACUUCGCGGCGAUCAACCCGUGGUCACCGUUCAAAUGGAACGCCAACGUAUGCUGGAAAGGUAUGGCCCCUGGCCUGGUCUCGAGGAGGAUAUGCAGCUUCUGAAGGAGGCAAUGGACAGUCACAAAACUCUCAGUGAUGAGGGUCUAAAUUUACUGUCUGAUAACCCCCUCCCCGAGAUCCCUCCAGAUCUACCUGAUUGCCAAACAUCGAUGAUUCAUCCCCUACCGCUCUCCAUGGACACUCGGGAGGAAUGGGAUAGUCCGCAGACUCCACCUCCAACUCCAGUCGCUGCUUGUCUUGUUGGUUCUCAUAACAUCCCUUUGCUAUCUCCCAAACUCAAAGAACUGACUAUCAAUUUUCCAUUCGACACUUUACCCGAGGACUUGGAAGAGAGCGCUGCAUCUGCGGAGCGCAGUAAUUUCCUCGCUUCUUCAAGAAACGCAUCUGAAACAGAUCUAUUCCCGCUUGAUCCAAGCGAGGCCGUGAUCGAAUCGGCGUCUCACGAACCGGGAGCCGUCCAUUGGCCUGUUCGCACCGGUAGGUCCCAAGGCAAUCAAGAGUUGUCGGCCGAUGAAAUCGGAUCGGAGCCCUCCGAUGAUUUUGUCACGAGUGGACGAGGUGACUCUGAUGACGUUCCGGGAGCUAUCGCAAUGCCUCUGACCCACACAAAACCCGACUUCAGUCAUCGUCAGCGUCCCGACAUGGCAAGCAGUUUUCACGUUCGAUCUUCCAUCCAGACCACUGGUGAUUGGCGGUCUGAACUUGUCCCCGCUUCCCGCAGCUUAGCAUACGUUGGGAUCUUACCAUCCCACUUGAGGAUACAUCCCUGAUCUGAUGCCAUGAACCUCGUUUUGUCAGAAGCGCCUGUACCUCUUGCCCACACAUUCUGCCAUCUGUUUGGUCUCCCCAGACCGAUUUUGCCAUUCGCAUGUGACUAUCCAGGUUUCCUACAAUUUCCCCACCGUGCCACAACCCCACCAGGUUGUUUGUCGAAAGCUAGUUCUCCGCUUUCUGGUCCCUCUGCGCCCACUGAUAUCCCGAUCUAGUUAGUCGUGUGGCGCUCGUUUCCUCCUUCCUACUGCGCCUCUCUCUGUUUAAUGCAUCAUUUUGCUACUUUGUCUUGCGCAUUAAUCACCUUAAGUGACCAAGGCCUGUUUUAUCGAACAAGCGUAUCGCGCUGUUUCCAUCUCCUUUCCUUUUUACUUCUCCAGUGCAACCCGUGUCUUCGAUCUGUCUAGGCUCUGUGAGGUUGAACAAAGCGUGAUUCUGAUUCUGCUUGUCAUCCGUUGAUAGCCAACCGCCGCUUGGUUAACCACUUUCAGGGUAUCUGCUAAAGCUCAGUUCAAUGUUGAGAGUAACAG